AUGGCAGUUGCUGAACUCUUUAUGGGGGCAUUCAUCACUGUAUUGUUUGAGAAGUUGGCCUCUGGUGACUUGAUCCGGCUGGCUAGAUCUGCAGGAAUCUAUUCUGAGCUCAACAAAUGGAGAAACACUUUGAUCCAGAUCCAAGCUGUGCUUGCGGAUGCAGGUCAGAAGCACAUAAGAGACAAAUCCGUACAAUUGUGGCUAAACAAACUCCAGCAUCUGGCUUAUGAAAUAGAUGAUGUACUUGAUGAUUUGGCCACCAAAGCCAUACGGAGCCAGUUGAGCAAAGAAUCUUCAGCCACCACCAGCAAGCGUACGACUAGAUGGGAUUACAACCAAAUUGAUGAGAAAAAUCUUUUGGGUUUGAAUGAUAACGUUGAAAGGUCACAUAGACCAAGUAGACGAUUGGAGGAAACUUCACUGGUUGAUGAAUCCAAAAUUAUAGGUCGGGAAGGUGAUAAAGAGUCAUUGUUGGGGAAGUUGCUGGACAAUGAAUCUUCAAGUAGUAAAAACGUGAAUGUUGUCUCCAUUGUAGGUCUGGGUGGGAUUGGCAAAACCACUCUUGCCCAACUUUUGUGCAACGAUAAGAAAGUGAAGGAUAACUUUGAGCUCAUGGCAUGGGUUUGUAUAUCUGAUGACUUUGAUAUAUUUAACAUUAGCAAGGGUAUCCUUCAAGCUGUAGCUGGAGGGAACCAAGAUUUUGCAAAUCUAAAUCUACUUCAGGUGGCACUUGCAGAAAACCUAUCACGGAAACGGUUCCUGCUAGUUCUUGAUGAUGUCUGGAACGAAAACUACCACGAGUGGGAACUCCUCCAACGACCUUUUAAUGUAGGGGCUCCUGGAAGUAAAAUUCUUGUGACAACACGGAAGACCAUGGUUGCAUCAAUGAUGGACUCCAUUCAAACGUACCCUCUUCAGCUUUUGUCAAAUGAAGAUGCUCUAUCUUUAUUUGCUCAGCAUGCAUCAGGUAAACAAAACUUUGAUGUGAAUGGAAUACUUAAAUCGCAUGGUGAUGAUAUCGUCAAGAAAUGUGGUAGAUUGCCUUUAGCUUUGAGAAUACUUGGAAGGCUAUUUAGAGAUAAAUCCAAUGAUGAUGAAUGGGAGGCGCUCUUGAAUAGUGAGAUAUGGCAUUUAGAUAAUGGAAGUGAGAUUCUUCCUGCUCUAAAGCUAAGUUACUAUGAUCUCUCACCGCAUUUGAAGCAAUUGUUUGCAUACUGUUGCUUAUUCCCGAAGGACUACAUGUUUGAAAAGGAUGAACUAAUCCUGCUAUGGAUGGCUGAAGGACUUUUGUACAGACCAAAUGUAAAGAAGUCAAUGGAGAGUUUUGGUUGGGAUUGUUUUAAAGAGCUAGUGUCAAGGUCGUUUUUACAGCAUUCAAACAAUGAUAAAUCACUAUAUACAAUGCAUGACCUGAUGAAUGACUUGGCGAAGAUUGUUGCAGGAGAGUUCUUUUUUAUGUUGCAUGAUAAGAUGGAUGUUGACAAUAAGAUUGAAGCUUUGGAGAAAUCCCACCACGUUUCAUUUAUCCGUGAAGAAUAUGAAGUGUACAAAAUAUGAAGUGUACAAAAAGUUCAGGGCACUAGAAAGAGCUAGAUGCAUGCGGACUUUCUUAGCCAUGCCAGGUACAAGGUUAAAUGCAUGGCAAAAAUCCCACUUAUCGCACAACGUUCUUAUAGAGCUACUUCCACAAAUGGAAUUCCUAAGGGUGCUAAGCCUAGCUAAUUAUUCAAUCAAAGAGGUACCAGAUUCCAUUGGUAGUCUCAAACAUUUACGGUACCUCAAUUUUUCCAACACGUAUAUCAAAUGCUUACCUGAGCAAGUAGGUGAGCUUUUUAAUCUACAGAGCUUAUUGUUGUCUGGUUGUUGUAAGUUAUGUACCUUGCCGAACAGUAUUGUAAAGUUAAUAAACCUGCGACACCUUGACAUUAGUGAUACUCCCAAAUUGAACAAGUUACUGUUACAAAUUAGUGGGUUAACGGGUCUACAAAC